AUGAGUGAAAAGGUUUCUUAUAGGAUCCCCCUUGAUGAUCUAAAUUUGGAAAGCCAACAGUUUGCGUCAAAGGAUGACAUUAAACCAUGGCUUCAGGAUGCCUGGUCUUUGCUGGUGAUGGAUGAUCGCCAUGAUCAUGUUGUUGACGGUCAAGAAGGACAGGAGAGUUUACUGCCAAAGCAGCAAAUACGACAAGACUUACCUCCUUCCACUUCUCAAGAGCAACAGCAACAGCCCACAGUACUAUCCGCCCUAGGAACAGGUUUGAAUUUGAGCAAAAGAAAUAUGGAGAAAAAGUCAGAAAUGGAGUCAAGUCCAAAAAACUGUGAUCAGGCUAGCUUAAGCAACACUGACCAAAGUUCUUCAAUUUUUGGGUUUUCAAAUAGAAGUUCUGAUGAAUUCAGGGACAGUCCACCUACAUCAUUAAACCUGAAUGGGGAGGAUGUAUUGACAACAGCAGAUGAAACUUCAACCUCUGGGAGUUCCGCUUCCAAUUCGGUUAGUGUUCCUAGGAAGCGGAAAUUGGGUAGUACCAGGGACAUGAACAAGAGCAAAAGACAGAAUGAUGAGCUGUUAAUAUCAUCGCUAGAAGUUGGUCAAGCUACACCCAAGCUGGCUUCCCAGCGUGUUAAGAAAAAGAGCAUUGAUGCUGAAACAAAACCGAGGAGAAAAUCUACACAAGAGUCGACACAGCAGCUGCAACCACCAGCACCACAUCAAAAACAAGGAUCUAAAUCGCCUCAAAAGCAACAAAAAUUAGCUCCUCGACGGACACAAAAGUCUUCUCAGUGUCAACAAAACGGAGAACUUGGUCAGCUGCAAUAUUCAUCUUCUCUACUCAAGCCUCAGGGACUACCGAUUCCUAAGCCUCAAUCUCAAACUCAGUCAUUGUAUGCGAUCCAAGCUCUACAAAAUGAAGUGAGGCAAAAGAUUAAAUUUUACAUUUUGGACAAUAGAAAUAUCACUGAUAAUCAAAAGACGGCGAUGUUGGAUUCGUUUGUUUCGCAGUUAUUGAUUGAGUAUAGGAAUUCAUUUAGUCCCCAGUUUUUGCACUCAUUGAAGCAAAAUUUAUAUGGCAGAGAAGAUACAAGUGGAAUGGCACUACAGAAUGGAGCGGCACCAAAUGGAGCAGCAUUGAGUGGAGCUUCUAACACAAGGAACUUUCAACAGAGUGGAUCCCUAAACCAACCUCCGCCGUCCAAAAAGGGAUCAUUGAAUAGUUGGUUGCUCAGUAACAUAGGAGACUCCUCUGGAUCAGGUGCCUCAAUCCCUCUAUCGCCGUUAUUGAAUGACAAUGAUGGUGUCUACGCAGCUGCGGCAGCUGCUGCGGCAGCUGAUGGAACUGAGGGUCUAAGUAAUAAUGCAUUGGACAACCUAUCCCUGACUCCCCCAAUCAACGGCCAUACAUCAAAUGGUUUGGGCUAUGCCAAUCAAGGCAAUGGGCAAUUAUCCCAAAUACAAAACCAAGGGCAACAGUUACCUCCAAUCAAUAGUAUUCAGAAUAAGAUCCCAACCGGUGGUGGUGAUUAUACAUCAAAUGGCAACAUAAGUCAGGACCCACAGUCGUCGACCAAUAACAUGUUGAAUAACUUAGGUUCCAAUGGCAGCUCUUUGGGAAUGGGCACCGGUUCCGGAUUAGGAGUCAACCUUGGCUCAUCAAAUGGAUCGGUGAAUGCUUCAGCGAAUAGCUCUACUCGAAAUAGUGGCAACUUCAUCAACCCCUCAAAUUCGCUAUCGUCUUCUUCAUUUUUUGGAAAUGCAUCAACAGGAAAUGGGUCACUAAUGCCGCCAUUAAAUCCAGCUGCAUCGACAUUGAACCCUUCACAUAUUCUCAAGAAUGGUGUUAACAAUACCAAUGGGUUGAGUAGUAAUCAAAUGAAUAACUAUCAAAGCCAGAACUCGCAAGCCAAUGGUAACACCAAUAAUUCAAAUUUAACGCCACUAAGCUUCAACCUAGGUAAGAAUGCCAAUCCGAAUUCAUUUUUCACGUCACAAUUCAAUGGACUUAAUAAUAAUAAUGGUAACAAUGGUAACCAGUAUCUAUUUCCAUCACCAACUACUAAUUCAACUCAUCAGAAUAAUGGAAGUGGUAUUGGAAAUAGUGAUAAAGACCAAGGAAUCAUGUUGAAUAACUUGCCGAAUUAUGAUUCAGGAUGGUGA